AUGGACAACGUCCUGGAGGAGAUGGCAGCGUUGGUACGGGAGGACCUUCUCUCUACCUGCGAGGAUGCCAUUGCGAACUCCCUGUGCGAGGCCACUCCUGCCCGUUGGAAGCAAAUCAAUAUGAUUACGUUUGUCAUCGUGUUGCUCAUAGUUGACAUUGUGGACAUCUAUGAGUCUAUCCGUGAAAGGCAGCGUCAUGACAGCGAAAGGUCUACCUGCAGCACCUUGGAGCAGAAUGACAUUGAAGCCGUUGAAGCGCUUGUUUGUAUGAGCUCCUGGGGUCAAAGAUCGCAGAAAGGUGACAUAUUAAAGAUAAGGCCACUUACGCCCUUCUCGGAUUCUGGUGAUUUCACAAUGCAUGCUGAGGCUACGUCUGAAUUACCAAAGGACUAUUUAUCUACACUGUGCAUGACCCCUCCGCACAGCCCUGACUUUGUUGAGAUAUCAGCCGCUAUGCUCCUCUCCUCACAAGUCACUUACUCCAAACCCAGGACUGUCAUGGCAAGUACAGCUGCCUGCUCAGUCACAUCAGCGACCGGUGCCUCUCCCGUACCCAAGCCAUCUGUUAUCAACAUGGAGCGACAGUGCAGCCAGAAGCCAGUGGUUUCUGAAUCCUUUGCCCCUCAGCCUUGCAGGGCCAUGGCAACAAGCGUGAUACGUCACACAGGUGAUAGUUCUGCUUACACUGUGCAAGAGAAAACAAAGGUAACUUCAGGCUACAGCACUUCCAGAGACUUGUGUGAAGCAGGUGACCGAAGACAUUCCAGACUGCCACAGGACACGUGUGCUGCAGAUGAUUUAAUUAACAAAACCUCUCCGGUACAUCAACCUUGUGCACAUGACUCCAGUGAUAUUGUGACCAAUCAAGGACAGCUACCAGUCCGGCCCGUUUCGCCGCAGGCCCACUUACCAAAGAAUUGUGAGAAUGACUUGCAAAAAAGAGCUACCCCAGUGACACCUGCCCCCGUUUCAAGCCCCCAGCUUCUCUGUCAAAUGAUCCCCUUAAAUGGACAAAGCAGUAUGAUCAAUGCCUAUGUCAAGCCUUCAACUCCAACAGUCUCAACUCCCAUGAAACCUAUUUUACCACAGACAGCCCCGCUCUCUCAGCCUGUACUCAUGGGACCUUCUGUGCCUCAGGGGACCGUCAUGUUGGUUCUUCCACAGACUGCUGUCACGCAGACACCGCAGUGCCCGCAAACAGUAAUGACUGUUGGGAACACCAAGUUACUGCCCCUUGCUCCUGCUCCUGUGUUCAUCGCUUCUGGUCAAAGCUGCACCCCCCAGAUGGACUUUUCUAGGCGGAGGAAUUAUGUUUGCAACUUCCCUGGGUGCAAGAAAACCUAUUUCAAAAGUUCCCACCUGAAAGCCCACCUUCGCACCCACACUGGAGAAAAGCCUUUCAGCUGCAACUGGGAAGGCUGUGACAAGAAGUUUGCCCGCUCAGAUGAACUGUCACGCCACCGCAGAACUCACACAGGAGAGAAGAAGUUUGCUUGUCCUGUGUGUGAGCGUCGCUUCAUGCGCAGUGAUCACUUGACAAAGCACACCCGCCGCCAUAUGACCACAAAGAAGAUUCCCAGCUGGCAGACGGAGGUUGGCAAACUCAACAGAAUUGCCACAGCAGAGAAACCGAAAAGCGGCAGUGCUCUGAGUAUGCUCAUCCCUGUGCCAUCGUCUGUCUGUCAGGGCUAGUGUGAGGAAGCACCUUCU